UUCUCUCUCCAUCUCCAAAAGUCAGCGCCUUCUUUUGUCUCUUUUUCCUGCGUCUUCUCUCUCUACCAAAGUCAAAGGGAUACACAAGAAAUGGAGGAUGAUUGGGAUCUACAUGCGGUGGUCAGAGGCUGCGCAGCCGCUGCCUCCUCGUCCGCAGCCACCGCCACCGCCACCACCGCUUCUCCUCUUGGCAGCGCCUUCCAGCCAAGGCAAGACCAAGACUUGCUCUGCUUACAAGAUCUGCUUGAAUUUGGGGCGAAGAGAAAUGAGAGCAGACGGCGCUUUAACGACGACUUGCAUGAUCUGUACAGGCCUUUCUUUCGGCCGCCGCCACCGCCACCGCCAUCUCAACCUCCGCAGCCGUCUCUGCAACGAACGCAGGCAGCGCCGCCUCUCUCCCCGCAGAACACGCCAAUCUCACCCCUCUCUGUUCUCGGCGGAUUACCAGAUCUGUCUCCCUCCCACCAAAUCCUCAAACCACACAUUUCUCCCGCUGCGACAAUCAUUCACCCGAAGAAACAACCUUUCCCCGUCAAUAUUUCUUCUGCAACUACUCCUACUACUCCUCAUACUCAAAGCCCAAGAAGCAAAAGAAGAAAGAACCAGUUGAAGAGGGUGUGCCAAGUUCCUGCUGAGGCUUUAUCUUCUGAUGUGUGGUCUUGGAGAAAAUAUGGGCAAAAACCCAUCAAAGGCUCCCCAUACCCAAGGGGUUACUACAGAUGUAGCACCUCCAAGGGGUGUUUGGCCAGAAAACAAGUGGAGCGGAAUAGAUCUGACCCGUCUAUGUUCAUCGUCACCUACACAGCAGAGCACAACCACCCUAUGCCUACCCACCGGAACUCGCUCGCGGGCAGCACCCGCCAAAAGCCGGCGGCGGCCCACCAACCGGAAACCUCUGGUGAUACCAUGAAGUCCGCCGCCUCGCCGCCGCUGACUUCUCCGGCGCCGGAAAAGCAAGAAAGCAGCAGGGACGAGAGAGAGGAUAUGUUUGAGGACGAAGACGACGAAUUCGGCGUGGCGAACAUGGCAAUAGAUAGCUUGGGCCCCGACGACGACUUUUUCGAGGGCUUGGAAGACCUGGGCGGUGAUUGUUUCCCCGAUAGUUUACCCGGCACGACCUUGCAGUUCCCUUGGCUGACGACAACAACGGCGGCCGGCGGUGGUUGACUAGCUGAAAAGUAAAAGGGGGGUGGGGGUUGAAGAAAUGAUGCUUUUCUUCUCUCUCACUUCUCUUUCGCUUUCUUGUAGUAUCUUUUCUAGCCGUUAGAGAUGGGAGGAGAAAAACUCGAAAGUAGAGUAAGGGAGAGACUGAGACAGAAUCGCAUAAUCACAAUGUUCUCGUACGUGUUAACGUAUGAUUGUGAGAGGAUGGUAGAUGUCAAAAGAGAUAGGUUCCCAUUUUUUUUUUUUUAUAAAUUUCGAAAACAUUAUUCCGUCUAGGUAAAAUUCCUCCUAAUUUUUAGCCUUUGUCAGUGGUAUUGUGUAUGAUCGAUUGAUCGAUGAGGGUAUAUAAUCUUAAAUGUCAUUAGGUGAUGUUAUUUCUGGACAAUCAUGAUUGUAAUCAAGUUCUCAAACAACUUUUCAUAAUUCAUGCCCUUUUUGGUGUUUGCUUAA